AAAACCGUAACCCCCGUCCAAAGUUCAGUUUCGUAAAAAUGUUCUUCACGCAAGCAUCGCUGGUGCUGACCGCGAUCUGGCUGCUGACCGAUUCGCCGGUGGCCGUCUCGUCGAUCGACAUCACCUUCCAGGAGCACAUUCGUGAUGCGCAGAAAAAGUACCUGCUGGUCAACGAUAAAAAGUCGUUCUUUGGAGCGUGGCAGGACUGUACCUCGUUGGGGCUGAAACUGGCCACGGUCACGUCGAAGGCGGACGCGGACGAGCUGGCGACGGCCAUCGGAAGCUACAAUCCGGAGUACAAGCAGCAGUGGUGGAUCGGGGCGAUUGCGUUGAACCACAAGGGAUAUUUUAUGUGGAUUUCGACGAGUCGGCCGUUGAUUUUCCAGAACUUUAUGAAGGGAGAGCCGAACAAUCAGGACGGGAAGGAGGAUUGCGUGUCGAUUGGGCAGUAUCCGGACUACAAGUGGAACGAUGAUGAGUGUGAGAAGUUGAAGCACUACAUUUGUGAGGCGUAAGAGUUUGGGAGGCUGUGAGAUUGUGUUAAUUAUGAGAAUAUUGGAAUAAAAUCUGUACUUACUUAACUUA